CCUCAGAGGUGUGCUCGGUGGACUGCGGGACGCACGGCGUGUGUAUGGGCGGCGCGUGCCGCUGCGAGGAAGGCUGGACGGGCGCCGCGUGCGACCAGCGCAUGUGCAACCCGCUGUGUGUGAAGCACGGCACCUGCAAGGACGGCAAGUGCGAGUGCCAGUCGGGCUGGAACGGAGAGCACUGCACCAUCGAUGGUUGUCCGAACCUGUGUAACGGGAACGGGCAGUGCACCAUGGGACAGAACAGCUGGCACUGCGAGUGCAAGACCGGCUGGAGGGGUUCCGGCUGCAGCGUCGCCAUGGAGACCUCCUGCGCCGACAACAAGGACAAUGAAGGAGAUGGCCUGACCGACUGCAUGGACCCCGACUGCUGCAUCCAGAGCCCCUGUCAGAACAGCCCGCUGUGCCGCGGCUCCAAGGACCCGCUGCAGGUCAUCCAGCAGAGCCUGGCGCCGGCCCAGAAGGUCCGCUCCUUCUACGAGCGCGUCCGGAUGCUGGUGGGCCGCGACAGCACCCACAUCAUCCCCGGCGACAACCCUUUCAACGCCAGGUAACACUGACCCCCACCCCCCCCCACAUCAACUCACCUGGCCGCCACCUCUCUAACCAAAAGCAUGUUCGGUGUGUGUGUGUGCAGGCGCGGGAGGUUAAGACACGAGCAGUUCUUUUGAAUGCGGCGGUUGCACAGAAUGCUGUCGUCUGCAAUUUACAGCACACCCCGCCGCUGACCCAGUUCUGAGCUGAAGAAGCACGGCGCACUAGAUAAUGAUGAGGGAGACUCUGUGCGGAGCUAAUCUCCAUAGCAUAAAACAGAUAGCAUAAUGUAGGCCAUCUGGAUGGAUGGAUGGGCCCAGUUUACGGUUGUGCUCUUGCAGCCCCUGUGUUGUAUCGUAAAACCUACAUACCAGUGCCUUCUAUUGUCUAUUGUGCUUAUAUUGAUUACUUUAAUAGCUACAAAAGAUUGUUUUUCAAGCUACGUGAACAACGCAAAAUGGCAGAGAUUCGCCUAUGUCUGGGUUCAGCUCAUUACCAUAGAUACACUAUCAGUAAGAAAUUUGCAACCCAGGAUUCAUUAGGGCCUUCCAGCCUGCUUCUGUAGAAUCACCAUUAAAAGAAGAGCCCUCCAGUUUAGUAGUUCUUUGAGGAGCCUUUGUAAGUGUCCC